AUGGGCAUCGGCGCAGACCUUCUGGCCAAGGUCACCGUGACCAACGUGAUUCUGGGUCUGCUGGCCUAUGUCAUCCUCCAAUUCGUGCGCCAGAUUGUCUAUUACCACUUUUUCCAUCCAUUGUCCAAAUUCCCGGGACCAUUCUGGGGUGGGGUGACCCGGCUCUGGAUCGCAUGGCAUAACGUGCGAUCGACCGAAUUACAGACGGUCUACAAACUCACACAAAAAUAUGGCCCCGUAGUACGGAUCACGCCCACGCUCCUGCUUGUCAGCGAUCCCCAGAAGCUCCCGGAUAUCUACCACCGCAAUGCAGACAAAACGGGCCACUACAUUACCGGAUCCUUUGGCGAAACCGAGUCCUUGUUCAACAUGCGCUCACAUAAGACGCAUGCGGCGUUUCGAAAGCACGUCGCGGGCCCCUACAGCUUCACCAGCGUCAAGAGGAUGGAGCCAUUGCUGGAUGCCCACAUUGACCAUUGGCUGCAGAAAGUCGACGAGAGGUACGCCCGUACGGGCGCCACAUUCGACUUCUCAUGGUGGGCUGUUUAUAUGGCAUACGAUAUUAUUAGCGAGGUUGGGUUUGGCGCACCCUUCGGAUUUGUCGAGCAGGGACAGGAUGUUGGCGGUCUGGUUCAGGGGUUCCACGAUGGACUGCCGGCGUUUGGAUUCCUGGCGCGCCUUCACCCCUUCACCAGCUGGAUGAAGACGACUUUCAUGAAGAAGUACCUGGUGGCGACUCCCGAAGACGACUCGGGCAUUGGCGUUCUGAUGCGCUUCCGCGACCGACUCAUCGACCAACGGUUGCGUGACCUCGAACAGAAAAAGGAUAUCGGCCGCGUCGAUCUGCUACAAACCUUCCUGGAGGCCCGAACCGAGGAGGGCAAGCCCCUGGAUAUGGAGUAUAUUCGUGCGGAGGUUCUGCUUGUCCUGCUGGCGGGGGCGGAUACCACAGGCACAGUCUUCCAGGCCCUGGUGCAUAACCUCCUGACACACCCCGAGGUGUAUGAACGGAUGAUCGCAGAAAUCGACGAUGCUGCCCAGAAGGGCCUGAUCAGCACCAUGCCCCAGUACGACGAGAUCGUGGAUCACCUGCCCUACUAUGUUGCGUGUGUGCGCGAGACCUUGCGCCUCAACCCGCCUGCCCCAAACAUUUUCCCUAGGUAUGUAUCGGAACCCGGCAUCGAACUGUACGGCCAGUUCGCGCCCGCGGGAACUGAAAUCUCCGCCAAUCCGUGGAUUGUUCAGCGGGACCCGAGGGUCUUCGGUGACGAUGCGAGCGAGUUCCACCCUGAACGAUGGCUCGCUCCGGAGCGGGCCAAAGUGUUCAAUAAGUAUAUGUUCACCUUCGGAUACGGGACCCGGGUGUGCUUGGGAAAGGAUAUUGCCAUGAUGGAGCUCUUCAAGGGACCGUUGCAGCUCUUCCGCCACUACAAGCUCCAUAUUGUCCCGGACAAGCCCUCCGCCCGAUUCGUGAUCAAGGGAGGCGUUGGUUUCUGGCGAGAUAUGUGGAUGACGAUUGAGAGGCGACCAGCGGUCAAAGCGAUGUAA